ACACACUCACACCCUGACCCACCCACAGACACACCCUGACCCACCCACAGACACACACACACACACCCUGACCCACCCACAGACACACACACAGCCUGACCCACCCACAGACACACACACUCACACACGCUGACACACAGAGACAUUCAAAAAGUCCAGCCCUGCCUGUGUCUUUGCGCACACGGACCCCCACCUGGGCUGCGGGGCCAUGUGUACGAGUUUGAUUCCCACCGCUGGACUUCUCGUCUUCGUCACCGCCAUCGCCUCCGUCCUGCUGCCCAUCUCCUCCGAUGCCACCCACGUGCACGUCAGCUUCCGAGAAAAGCGGGGAACUCGACGGCCAGACGCUUCGCCACCAGACACACAUGCUGGUGAGGCUGGCGUGGAGGUGAGCGAGUACUCGGUGAGGUGCCUGGUGGAGUCUCGCUACGCGCGCACCUGGGCCCGACUCGAGGUGGUCAACGCGGGUGCGGCCCGCCGCCUCGUGCCGCUGCAGCUGCCCGUGCCGGCGUCGGCCUUCGUCUCCAACUUCAGCGUGGUUGUAGGUAACAAGACCUAUGUCAGCAGGGUACGGGAGAGGGCACAGCAGAAGGCCGCUGUACACAAACACAGCUACAAUGAUACCGGUCCGCGUGGCUGGCACGUGCUGCGCGCCUCGGUGCCCGUGCCGGCCGGGGCCCGUGCCGUGCUGGCAAUCACCCACGAGGCGCUGCUGCAGCGGCGGCUGGGCCGCUACGAGGUGGCGCUGAGCAUGCGGCCGGGCGUCGCGGCGCGCUCCCUGCGCCUCCACGUGGAGCUGGCGGAGAGCGCCGGGAUCUCGGAGCUCACGGUGCUGCCGCUGAGGCCGGCCGCGGGGCAGACAACGGCGGCGCGUCGGCACGACACGGGGCAGGCCCCCGAGGGCACGGCAGUGGAGCGCUCGGCGACCCGGGCGCGGGUCCGCUACGAGCCCACGGUCCAGCAGCGGAGCGGGCUCUCGGCAGCCGAGCGGCUGGGCGAGUUCGUCGUGUGGUACGACGUCUCGCGACACCUCGGCGUGGGGGACAUACAGGUGCGUGACGGUUACUUUGUGCACUACUUUGCGCCCACGGACCUGCCGGCCGUGCCCAAGGACGUGGUGUUUGUCAUCGACACCAGCGGCUCCAUGAUCGGCACCAAGAUCGGGCAGACCAAGGACGCCAUGCAGACGAUCCUGAAGGAGCUGCGCACGGGCGAUCGUUUUAACGUGGUCACCUUCUCGGAGAGGGUGCGGGUGUGGAGGCCGGGCCGCAUGGUGGAAGUGACGCGCGACGCCGUGCGUGACGCUCGCAAGUACAUCUACCUCGCCUCGCCCGCGGGAGGCACGAACAUCAACGCCGCGCUGCUGACCGGCGCCAGGCUCCUGGCACGCCCCGCGGCGCCGGCGGACGACCGCGUGUCGCUGCUGGUGUUCCUGACGGACGGGCAGCCGACGGCCGGCGACACGGACCGCGUGGCCAUCGUGACGCAGGCGCGCGCCGCCGCCGCCCAGGGACGCUUCUGCAUCUUCAGCCUGGGCUUCGGCGCCGACGCCGACUUCGCGCUGCUAGACGCGCUGGCGGCCGGCAGCUGCGGGGUGGCGCGGCGCGUCUACGACGGCGCCGACGCCAGCGCGCAGCUCAAGGGCUUCUACGACGAGAUCGGCACGCCGGUGCUGACGGACGUGCGGGUGGCGUACCCCGACGGCGGCGUGCGGGACCUCACCCAGAGCGUCUUCGCCAACUACUUCAACGGCUCCGAGCUGGUGGUGGCCGGCCGGCUGGCGGGGAACAGGAGCGGCGGUGGCGCUGCGCCGUUUUCCGGCGACGCGCUCAGGGUGCAGGUGUCGGCGCGGGCCGCGGGGAACCGGCUCCGCGUGGAGGGCGACGUCGCGCUGCAGAAACCUUCAGCGCCGGGCGGCACCGGCACCGGCCACGGCAACGGGACGGAGGAGGAGGAGGCGCGCGAGCCUCUGACUCCUCGCCUCUGGGCCUUCCUCACCAUCAAGGAGCUGCUGAAGACGCGGCUGAGGGACCCGCUGCGUGGCAACGGCUCCACGGCGGGCACGGGCGGGGCGGCCGCGCCGCCACGGUCGCCGCUCGACGCUACCCAGCGAGCGAUGGACCUCUCGCUCCAGCACCACUUCCUCACGCCCGUGACCUCGCUCGUGAUGGAGGAGGAGGACGAGGGGCAGGAGGAGGAGCAGGAGGAGGCUGACGAGGGGGAGGAGGAGGAGGCUGACGAGGCAGGUGCUGGGGAGGAGAGGACCCGGGAUGGCAACGGGCAGAAUAAAGUUGAGGAGGAAGAUGAAGAGGAGGCGGAGGAGGAGGGACCGGAGGAUGUUGGAGGGCUGGACGGGACGCAGUUCGCGCUGCCGGCGGCGUACCUCGCCACCGAGGAGGAGGAGGCGGCGGCGGCAGCGGAGAGCGGUGCGCGAGCGGGCGCCAAGCCGGCUAAGUUGUCGGCUGACGGGGACCCGCACUUCGUGGUGGAGCUGCCACGUAGCGGCCUCACCGUGUGCUUCAACAUCGACGGAGAGCCGGGCCACGUGCUGCGUCUGGUGGACGACCACGGCCACUCCGGCGUGACGGUGAACGGGCAGCUCGUGGGCUCUCCGGCUCCGCCGGGCUCCCGCAAGCGACGCCGCACGUACUUCGGCACCGUGGCGCUGGUGUCGGAGCACCCGCGCCGGGCCUACGUGCUGGUGACGCCGACGCGCGUCGUGCUGGAUGGCGCCGAGCGGCUGGUGCUGCCCUGCGACCGCAGCGCCAGCGCGCGGCGGGACGGGCUCGCGGUCGCCGUGGCGGCAGGCACCAGCGUGACGGUGACGCUCCUCGGUAACAUCACGUUCGUCAUUCAGCUGCACCUCUACAAGCGUCCGGAGUCCUUCCAGAGGGACCACCUGGGUGUCUACAUCCUCUCUGGGGGGUCGCUAUCGCCCCACACGCAUGGCCUGCUGGGACAAUUCCUCCACGCUCGCGCCACCGUGGUGGUGGCGGAGACCCCGGCACCGGCUGCAGCUACGGUGGUGGCGGGGGCCACCACAACAGUGGCCGGCACCGGCAAUCGGGAUGAAACAGAAGAGGAGGGAGAGACGGAAGAGGAGGACCGGGAAGAACGCGCGGGAGCCACGGCUACGGCGCCGGGACUCUCGGCGACCGCCACGCCGGCGGUCCCGGCCGACGGCGCGGCGUCGCCGGCGACGCUGAACAUCGGCGGCCGGCGCCUGCCGGUGACGGCGAGGGUCCGCCGGACGCACGGCAGCGGCGGGCCGCACGACGUGGCCUGCUGGUUCGCGCGGAGCAACGCGCGCGGCCUCGUCCAGGGCUGCUACGCCGACUACGUGGCCUGCGACCUCUACGACUUCCGCUCCGGCGGCGGCGGUGAUUGUGGUGAAAGUUACGGUGAAGAUUACAACGAAGACGACGGGAAUUUUGCCUGAUGUAGGUUCUUUUAAAUCUAGAUUGAAAACUCAUUUCUUGAGAACUGCCUUUUCUGUUUAGUUUUGUUAUCCAUCCAAUUAGUAUCGGUUUUAUGUACGUAUGUUGAACUGCUUUCCCACGAUAUGUAGCCAACUGUGCUAAUCGGAGGUUGGCUAAUGUCCAGGGGUUGGGUGUGUCUCUUCAGAGGAGUUCAUGACGGCCAUGUUAAAGCACCGAGCCAGCAUUGCUGAAGUCCUGGGUUCAAGCCCAGGGCCUGGAUUUCCAAUACGAAGCAGGUGUUUAUUUUUAUUGUUUGUCAAAUGGCUAUAUGAAUGAACAUUGGUUAAAUUAGGUAAAGGUUCAGCCCUGCAAUCGGUUGCUCGUGCCACUGCUGGCGGAAGGGUCCUCUCCACUAGAGGGCGCUACACACAGCCCCACGAGAGGGAAUUUUUCACCGAUUAUUCCACGUAGGCCAAUACAUCUCGGAGAGGGGUGUGAGUUACCCACACUUUGCCCCACCACGACGCGACCUGCCGAUCGACCGACUGGUCAAAACAUACCCGUGCGAAAACAGUGGGGGUGGAAUGUGUUUUUGUUUGGAGAUGAAUGUAGAUUUUGGUGCUCGUGUGAGAUUUCAAUUCUAUAUUUGUAAUGUUGUGGGUUGUUUUGUAUUCUUUGCA